AUGGCUACUCCUAGUGUCCUCGCCUUUGAAGCUGAGGGUGGGGCCAUUGACUUUGAGGUCUGGCUAGAUGACCUGCAGCUAUUCUUACAGUGCGAUAGGGCAGACAGUCUCUCUCUCUUUGACCUCACCUCUGGCACUGCCCCUGCCCCUGCUGCUGAUGCUGACGCCACUUACAAGAGUGCUCAGACCUUGUACGACGCUGUAGUUGCGCGCUACUCCUCCCCUGCCACUGCUGCACUGAGCCGUCUCAUGCUACCAUCCCUCUUCCCUGACCUUGCUGCUUUUCCCACUGUCGCUGACCUCAUUACGCACCUCCGCACUAGUGACACUCGCUACCGCGCUGCACUCCCUGCUGACUUCUGCGCCAAGACCCCCCCCCCCCAUGUACAUCACCCUCUACUACAUAGUCACUCGGGUGUUCCCCUUCCCCCCUUCUGCCCUCUGUUGCCUCUGCUGCUACGGCCGACCUCCUUGGUCUUGAGUCGGUCGGUGCGGCGUCUGCCCCUAGCGGGAGACGCCGCCCUGGCAAGGGCAAGGGGGGCAAGGGCACUGGAAGAGCGAGCGGGGGCGGUGGAGGUGGAGGUGGCGGCAGUGGGGGGAGUGGGGGUGGCGGUGGGGGUGGAGGUGGGGGAGGAGGGGUCAGUGGCGGCAGUGGCGGCGGAGGUGGCGGCGGUGGCGGCGGUGGAGGCGGCGGUGGAGGCGGUGGCGGCGGUGGAGGUGGUGGCGGAGGCGGCAGCGGUAGCGGAGGCGGCGGAGGCGGCGGAGGCGGCGGAGGCGGCGGUGGAGCUGGUCGCGGGUCUUCGCAGAGGAGUGGCUCCGGUGGUGCCACUCGCCAGCAGCAGCAGCGCGGUCGUGCGGGCCUGUCCCCUCAGCAGCUCCGUGAGUGGUACACGCAGCGUCAGCGUGGUGGGAGCUUUGGUCCCUGCACCUACGUCCUUCGCACCGGCGACCGCGCGGGUGAGCAGUGCGGGGGUGCCCACACCGCCCAGCGCUGCUUUGGCCGCCUGA